AACAUGCAGAAGUUAAACACUUGUGGAAAGAAGAGGUGCACACAGCUGGUCCUGAAUGGAACAUACAACGCCUGGAAUGACAGUGACAGUGAAUGGAUCGCAGCGAACACGCCCGACUGUUGCGCGCCGCUCCGUUAGGAAUAUCAAGAUGACUUUACAUUGCAGGCGCAACUAAGUUUGAGGAGUUUCCUACAACUUCAAGCUGGACAGAAUAUAAAGGGGUUGUCAGUGCAAUACUUUUCAAACUUCUUUUUCUUGUUCUCUUUUGGAAACUUUUUCUUUCUUUUUUUAUUUUUGGUGUGGAAAAGUUAAUUUAAACACCAUCCAAGAAGAGAAAGCUGCAACCUGUAGGUCUUUUGAAAAUCACAAGUUGCUUUUUAAACCUCGCACGGAUAUUUACAACAUUAUAUCAAGACAUUCUGGAUGCGCACUGAACACGCACAAGGACUUAUGACAUGUGGUUAUGGUGCCUUGGUGGCAGAAGUUAAAAUGAGGUCUUUUGGCGAGCAGUUGGUGUGCUUAGAAUGGCCCGGGAGGAUUCGGUGAAAUGUCUGCGCUGUCUGCUCUAUGCGCUCAACUUUCUCUUCUGGCUUAUGGCCCUGUGUGUGCUGGGAGUGUCCGCCUGCCUCAGGGAUCACCUGAACAAUGUACUCACCUUAACCGCAGACACCAGACUGGAGGAGGCAGCCGUUCUCACAUACUCCCCCGUCGUCCAUCCUGUCGUCAUCGCCGUGUGCUGUUUUCUCAUCAUCGUGGCCAUGGUGGGCUACUGCGGCACGCUCAAGUGCAGUCUGCUCCUACUGUCCUGGUAUUUUGGCAGUCUGAUGGUGAUAUUCUGCGUAGAGCUGGCCAGCGGAGUGUGGACGUAUGAUGAGCCAAUGGUACAGAGGUCUGAUAUGAUAAGUCUAAAGUCACGCAUGCCUCACUUUGGCCUGCAGCGCUACCAGUGGCUCACGCAUGCCUGGAACUCUUUACAGACUGAGUUGAAGUGUUGUGGAGUGAUCUACUUCACUGACUGGCUGGAAAUGACAGAGAUGGAGUGGCCACCUGACUCCUGCUGCUCAAAUCAAUAUCCAGGGUGCGCCCGAAACGCCCACUACCAUGACCUCAGUGACCUUUACCAGGAGGGUUGUGGUCCCAAGAUCUACAGUUUUAUCCGGGGCACCAAGCAGUUGCAGGUGUUGAGGUUCUUGGGUGUGUCGAUUGGAGUGGCCCAGAUCUUAGCCAUGACGUUGACUGUGACCCUACUAUGGGCUCUGUAUUACGACCACAGACCGCCCGACCCAGCGUCCCCGGAUUCUUUAAUCCACACACACAGCCCCACAGAAGACCACCUGAAGCCCAGCCACUCACACCCACGAGCGCCUGAGGCCUGGGCCAAUGCGCCCGCAAACGGACACACCCAGUUUGAGAUGGAGCAGCUUUCCUAGCAUAGACUUGAUGGUGACCCAUCAGCUGCUUCGACACUGUGGAGACACUAAAGAUGAUGUUCCUGUCCUCUACUGACACUAAACGGAUCGGACAGCAGAACUGGACCAGAAAAUGGACCUUAUGUGGGAGUCUAGGUGACAACAUUUAGAUGAGUGGUUUUAUAGAUAACUUAAUUUACCUGUGGAUAAAGCGGAUUUUGUGGUCAUUACAUGGAAAGAAGAAGAGGAUUUACUGGGUUCUUCCAAAAUAAAGCCAUUGCCUCUGUCUCUACAGACUUGAAUUCUCCAGAGGGAGGUUUCUGGAAUGAACCGUUUUGCAUAAAUCUUCCUUCCUCUCCAUAGAACGGGCCACUUACACUGACCUAGUUGCGAACCACUGAAUCAAGUACACACAUUACGAUUUUAGCCACUAUUCAGACAAGAAUCAGGAAUCGUGAGUAAUUUUUUAAGAGAAUCUGCAAUCUUGUCAAAAUGUGGCAUUCUCAUUUUACCUCAUGUUUGGUCAGAAAAAUUCACAAAUUCCUUCUUUCAUUCAAGCUAUGACAUUUAGACACCAACUUUAUUUUUCUUUACAAGCGCAAAGGUUUGUGUGUGGUACUAUUUAACAUUUUUAUUUGAGCAUUCAAAUGUAUUUAAAGGAAAGGACAAAACAAAAACUGCCUGCCUUGGCUUGUACACAAAAACCCAAGCUAGGUCACUGUUUUCCACUCUCUCACACUCAACACACAUACACACACACGUGGACAGAAGCUCCAGUCUUAAUGAGAUUUUUCAGAUUGAAUGAAAACUUUGCUCAUCGUGAAGAUACAUUUGUGCGGAUUUUCAUGUCUUAAUUUAACAGCGCCGUGAUAUGAUUCACAUGGACUGGUGCACUACAGAGUGUUUUGGAUCUCAAAAGUAGUAUUCAUUUUCUAUGGAGAAAUAGUCUGCACACACAGCUUAUAAGAGGGCUACAUUUUGUUGAAGGUUUGAGAAACCCGUUAUGAAACUUGCAUGUGAAUCACAGUGCAUUAAACACAGAAUAUAUGAUGUUAUUUGAA